AAUCCACGCAUCUCCUCCUUUUCGCUCGUAUAAGAUUGCUUUCCGCGCACUCUCACUUCCCUUUUGGUCCUUCAUUGUUGUCAAGAUUCUUCGUCGUGCUGUGGGCUCGAACCUUUGAGCGUUCCUUUCUUCUCCACCUUCGCCUCACAGCGUCCUCUCCUUCAGGGAAUUCCCUUCAACAGCAAUAUCCUUCCUUUUGUUUCGACAAGUCAGGCGUCUUCCGCGGUCGGGCUUGGUCAACUCUCCUUCUCAGACGCGCUUUGUUAUUCGAAGAACGAUCGUAUCCUUCCUUUCACGAUGCAGCUUAUCACUAGCCUCGCGGUUCUCGCAUCCGCUUUCACCUCGGUGAACGCCCUCGGCAGCGCCAUCAUCAACAACAACUGCGCAUUCCCCGUCUACAUGUGGGCCGUGGACGCCGAACGCAAUCCAAGCCAGCCGACCGUCAUCGCCGCAGGUGGCUCGUACUCGGAGCAAUAUCACGUUCUCUCGUCCGGCGGUGUCUCUCUCAAGCUGUCAACCAGCACCUCCAGCGAAUACAUCACUCAGUUCGAAUACACUGUCCAAUCCUUCGCCUCGCAACCAUUUGUCUGGUAUGACGGCUCCGACGUCAACUGCUCCGGCUCCAACUGCCCAUUCUACAACUACGGCAUCAACCUCAAGACGACCAACCCGUCAUGCCCUACGCGUGAUUGCCCCGUAGGCCAGCCUUGUACAGGUUUCUACCUCUACUACAAUGACGACGUCAAUUCCCUCUCAUGCGACGACUCCGCUGAUACCAUCAUGACCCUCUGCAGCGUAAACACUGGUGCCAGCAACGCCGCCAGCUCCCCACAGCAGAAGGCUGCCGCCGCGGCAACCACCACCUCCAAAGCACCAAUCAUCAACGAGGCGGUCAUGACCACCUUCACCACCGCCUACGUAGCACCAACCAAGCGCGCCGUGGAACCAGUUCACCAUGGUCACAUGCACUUCCACCAGCGUGCCGCGCAGGAGUAGAUUGUUAGACAAUGAUGGUGCUGUUGUCGGCAAUGUAAAUAAAAUGAAAAGCAAAAACAAUUCGUCCGCGCCUUCAUUUAGUGCGCUGUUCAAACCAAUUCAAUUCUCAACCCCUCUUUUUUUCAUGGGUCUUUACCGCAUCCAUCGAACAUCUGCUUCCACACAAACUCUCUGUCUGGACGGAGUCAUGUUAUGGCUGCCCGUGGUGGUGCCCGAACAUACGAUACCUUAUAGACGACCUGGUGUUGGGCUUUGCUAUUUCAUUUUGUUUGCCCUCGAAUCAGGGUUCUUGAAGCUCUCAACGGUGUUUGUAGGCAAAGGGACAAUGUGGACACAGAUACCCCCACACAUGUGGCGCUAUCCUUGGGUGACUUUAUCUGGGUCGACUUCUCACCGUUGUGCUUGUUACUUCAACAUUGCUAUCGAAUCCUACAAGGGUUGUUAUCUUGUAUACAACUUCUCGGUCGUUUGUCAAUCAGAUGGCAGUUCCCUCAUCACUUUGAUCAAGUCUUUUCUUGCCUUAUGAAUCCCCUCACGAUGCUAUGAUUUGAUCGUUGCGCGAAGUCUCGGUGGUGUUUGACUUCGUGUGGAUUGGUGUGUACAUGCAUAUCUAUAACCUUCUAGACAAAUCAAACCCCUUUAGAAUCAAUACCUGGUGCUCCA